CCCAAAGGAUGUUGGAAAUGUCUAACAAAGAAAUAAAUCAAAACAGUCAAGCUCUUGAGAAACUAGAGCAUGAGAUUAAUCCAUUGCUGGAAGAUGAUCCACAAGCUGCUCUGUCCUUCCUCUGUCGUAAAUCCAUUGAAAGAAUGAAAGCAGUACCUAAUUCUUGGCCAUUUCAUUUUCCAGUAUCUUCUAAGAAGUUACCAGAUUAUAGAAUGAUCAUAACUAAACCAAUGGACCUUCAGACUAUGAGAAAGAAAUGUGAGGCUGAUAGUUACAGAAGUCGUGAGGAGUUUCUUGUUGAUCUUAAUCAAAUAGUUGAUAACAGUAUCACAUAUAAUGGACCAACCAGUCCCUUUACUGUCACUGCCCAGAGUAUGAGGGAAGUGGGACUACAAUAUCUUGAACAGUUACUAUUAUUACCAUUAUUGGAAAGAGAACAUUUUGAACAAUAUGAAAGCCAGUUAGGAUCUUUUGACAAGUCACCACUAAAUGAACCAGAAGGACUAGGAGGAAAGAGUGGAGAUGAGGAGGCAGAGGAAGAAGAUACUAGUACUAACAUGAAUAUUACUGGACAAUCCAGUGUCAUCAUUACUAGUGAAGACAGUAUUCAGAUUGGGACUAUAGAUGUUGAAGGCACAGAUGAAGAGGAUAUAGAGAAAGGGAGGAAGCGGGAGAAGGAUUGA